AUGGUGGCCUGUCUCCGCUCCCUAAUCAGCCUCCUCGCGCGUGUCGACAACGACAUCGAAAAAUCGAAGCACGCCCGUGCACAACGAAAGCAAGAGGCCGCAGACCGCAAGCUACGGGAGCGACGAUGGAGAGAGCUCACAAAAGGGAAUGUGGCGGCCGAUCGCGACGCGCAGCGAACAAGCGGAGGAGAGCAAAACAGAGUUUCCAGAUGGCGCAGCAUUAACACCAGGAAGAUCAAGGAAGACGGUGACGAGGACGCGGACGACGAGCACAGCGAUCCAGAAGCCAAUACUCUCGAUCUAGCGCGCGUUCCCGCUGCAAUAGCAUUUUAUAGCGGCGCGCUGUAA